GCUUCCUUAAAUUGACUUUCUUCACUCAACUACAAUCUUUAUUUUCAGUUUCUAUGAAAAGGAUGAUUUCCUAAUCGCACUAUUAGACGCUGGCGUUAAUAGGUGCGUUCCCGAGACCACAAAUCUUUCAAUGUGCAGCAUAGAGCUAAAGCAAGUCCUGCACUCAAUUGUGCGGCCACACAACGUCAUGUCAACCCAGCAAGCCCUCUACACUGCGCUGCAUCGACUUAAGGAAGUCAUCCUCAUCACAGACAACCACCUCCGCAUACAAUAUGCCAAUCGGGCAGCCGAACGUUUGCUCAACAUGCGUCUGGAUGAAAUAAUUAGCAAGCCGCUUACGGAUAUAUUCAUUACUGAUGUCUCAACGUUUAUGAUGCACACCCGCAAGAACAAAGAAUUCGAUGAGAUAUUGACUGUGCGACGCAAGGGACAGGAAGAUGUUCCAAUGCAUGUUCGUGUCAUACAAGUGGCGUGUAUUGGCAGAACACCCACACAUUUUGUCUUUAAUCUCGAUGUACCUGGAUCACAUGGUGACUUCGUCGCCACACUACCACAAGCCAGAGAAGCACCUCGCGGCUCGCAGCACUCCAUACGCCGUGGCAGUGUCGAUGUACGUUCGGUGGCAUCCGAUGGCCUGCGGCGUACCAGUCUGGCCAAGUUGACGUCAUUACCGCUGGAGGCGCCCAUUACAAAAAUAAUCAAUUUACUCUCCCAAGUACAGGAGAAUUGUUCGCCGGACGAGGCACGGCUAAUCGAUAAGGUGAUGGAAUUCUUGAAGCGUGAAGGACUUUAUAGUCCACAAAUGAAGGAAAUACGCACAGAUGAUCCAAUAGCUACCGAUCUGAUAGGAGCGUUGCUGACGGGUCCAAGCCUAUAUUCAUCACGACGCAGCUCAAAUGACUCCAUCAUACGUGUAGGCGGCCGUCAAUCCACUUGCAUGCCAGCCAAAAUGAAGGCCACACCACACAUCAUGGAACUACUUGAAGAAUCUCUUAGUUGGGAAUUUGAUAUUUUCAAACUUGAAGAAAUCACCGAAAAGCGUCCGCUCCUCUAUUUGGGCAUGGAAAUGUUCCGACGCUUUAAUGUGUUCGCAACGCUCAAUAUCGAUGAGAAUGUGUGCAAGAGUUGGCUAGCAGUUAUUGAGGCCAAUUAUCAUGCAAAUAAUUCAUAUCACAAUAGCACACAUGCCGCCGAUGUUAUGCAGGCCACUGGCUGUUUUCUUACUCAGCUAGCUGCCAAGGACAUGGGCAUGGAUCACACUGAUGAGGCCAUAGCGCUAAUUGCUGCUGCAGCGCACGAUGUCGAUCAUCCGGGUCGCUCUUCGGCGUUCCUUUGUAACUCGCGCAAUACGCUAGCGCUGCUCUACAAUGAUCUGUGCGUCUUGGAAUCGCAUCACGCUUCAAUUACCUUUAGGCUUACAUUAAGUGAUGACAAAGUCAACAUUUUUAAGAAUUUAGACUCUGAGAGCUACAAAUCGGUGCGCAGCGUUGUGAUUGACAUGAUUUUAGCUACGGAAAUGACGCGGCAUUUUGAGCAUCUGGCCAAGUUUGUUAGCAUUUUCGGCUCGGACGAGGAGCCCAAAGAUAUCGUACAAUCGGAGGAGGAGAGUUCCAUUCUUAUUCGCCGCAUGAUGAUUAAGGUGGCGGAUGUGAGUAAUCCGUCGCGUCAACCUUCCUACUGCGUUGAAUGGGCGCGGCGCAUUGCCGAGGAGUAUUUUACCCAAACCGAUGAGGAGAAGGCGAAGGCUUUGCCGAUUGUUAUGCCAAUGUUCGAUAGGAAUACGUGUAGCAUACCCAAGAGUCAGAUCGGUUUCAUUGAAUACAUUAUACAGGACAUGAUGCACGCGUGGGAUAGUUUCAUCGACAUGCCUCAAUUGGUCACCUACAUGCAAAUCAAUUAUUCGCAAUGGAAAAAAUUCGAGGAACAAGGCGUGCUCACGCUAGCGGAUGUCAAAAGCAAGCAACAUAGUUUGAGUGUGAAGAAGAGUGCCAAAUAGCAUUUGGCAUUCAAGAGGUUGUUCUCAGGACUAUUAAAGCCACAGCCGGUCCAGCCUCCAUGUGCGAUGACAAUUGGUGAAAAUGAAAUGGAAUAUUGCUUGCAAAAAUAAAAUGGUGAAAACAAAGGAAAGAAAAGCAAGACGAGGAUAGGAGAUGAUGGAAUAUGUAUAAUGAACACAAUUCAAAAAGCUUACAUAAAAUUUGAGAAGAACGUAGGAGUACAGCAAAAGAGGCAAAGAGCGUAAUUGUGUUGUGAGAAAUGUGCAUAAGUUUUGAAUUUAUGUAAAAAAAAAAGUAAUUUUUGUGCAUAAAUCGAUUCUCGAAUCGAAUCUACCAAGAAGCUAAGAAUUGGCGGCAAAGGGCAGACAGUUUCAUAGAAUACAGAAGAAGCCUUAGCCAUUGAAAUCUUCUAAUUGUACUCACCGCCCUUUGCGAUGCUAUGUAGAAGCCUAUACAUGCAAAGUUAUCUUACCACGGACGGACGGACAAUAAGGGCGUUCACUUUGUACAAAACGGGGGGAAAUAUAGUUUUACUUUAAUGACGAACUUAAAAGGAAUUUCAAAAAAUUCGCAUGCUUUUUUAUUAGUCUGACAACGCCCCCAAUUGUACGCUUUAGUGAAUACCACCUGCCGUCAGUUUCCGUGUGGAAAGGAAAGAGACAAAAAAAAAAUCUAAAAGAUUAGGUACAAUAAGUAACCCGAUUCGACUGCGCCAGUACCGGCUGUACAGCACACAAACAUAUUAAAAAUGUUCAUUUUUCUUGGGCUGGACUCAAAAUUAAUAACUUCACAAAAGAAACUAAAAAAAUAUAUCACAAAAUUACCAAAUGAAAAGAACAAAAAAAUAAAUUUACAAAAAUUAACAAAAAUAUGUUUUCUACACUUUUAAAAGGCAAACAAAUAUUUAUUUUAAGACGAGAUCUUAAACUUUAUAAAAGUUAUUGUUAUAAAAAAUAUUUAUAUUGAAAUAAAUGUUGUUGGACGUUAUGAAAUGCAAAAACUUUUUACGAAAAAAAACAAUGUGCAGACUUUUUAGUAAAUUUUUACAGGACAAUCUCUAUGAGGCAAACACAACACAAAACAAUUAAUGUUUUUCAGAUGUAAUUAAUGCUCCAGAUGCAUACAUACAAACAUACCCCUUUUUAGGCUUUUUAAAAAAUUUCAUAAGAAUUUUAGUAAAUUUUACAAACAUAAAUUUUAACUAUUUCCUACAACUAGUUAAAACAUUAAAGUAAAUUAUUUGCUGCUAAUAGUUGUCUAUACAAACAUUUUUCUGAAAUACUUUGUUUAACCCAAAUGACUGAUCUAACUAACUACAAAAUAAAACAAAAAACAAACAGAACAAAGCUGCAAAAAAAGCAACUGGUACUGAAUUUUUCGGAUUAUAAUUUUAAAAAUUAACAAACUAUCUUACUUAACAGUCUAUCAGUGUUGCAGAAAGUUCUAAAAUAAUAAAUAAAUUUAAAAAGUAGUUAUUAACAAUAUUAAAAAAAAAAUAAUCAACAAAAUUCACAAAUUAGUUAAAGGCGACAUUAGAUCAAAUAUUAAUAUUUAAGAUAUGAACAUUUUCUUAUUGACGUAUAAAACUGACCACUAACAACUACUUUUGUAUGUUAUAUUAACUGUAAACAAAAAAAAAAAACUAUAAAAAAUUGUACGAAUUUUGACCAUUGUUUGCUUGUGCCAAAAUUUCAUUUCAACAAAGAGAUUCAAAAUUUCGUAACUGACAUCUGGCGAGCCACACUGCGCAAAAUUUUCUUUUCCCUCAUUGUUAACUUGCGCGCUCGUUUAAGUCACUUAAAUUUUGAAUUGGUGUUUAAUAGCUUAGCUUUUUUAAAAGUCUUCGAAACAAAGUAUAAACUUUCUUUUAAUUAAGUAACUAAAGAAUCACAAAUUUAACUUUUAACAAAAGUAAAACUUAUUCCAUAAGUUCGAUUGUCCUAAAAAUAUAUAUAAAAAAAGUUUCAAAUUUAAAAACAUUUACCUAAAAGCGAAAAUCAAAACAUAACAAAAAACAAAAUAUUUGUUUGCUCCUUGCAGGUUAAGGAUUAAAAAAGAAAAUGUACUUUAAGCUUUAGUGAAUUUUAUGAUAAGAAAUAAAUAAAACUAAGAAAAAGAUUUUUUUUUUUGUUUUCUCUAUCAUGUUUGGUUUGCUCUAUCAUGUUUGGUUUAUUGUUUUAUUGUUUCUUAUAUUUUUUUUUAUAAAAUUGUAUAUACUUUUCCCUCGAUUUAAUUCACUUUUCCAUCUUCCUUGUUUUUUGCUUUAUUAAACUUAAUUAUAUACAUUCCGAUUUUGUUGAAU